AGUGGGACAAAAGUGGGGCAAAACUCUUAUAAGCAGGACAGGGUUUGUGGAAAGCGAUAAUAUGGUGGCAAGCAAAAGGUCGGAGGUUUUGCUCUUCCGGAUGAAGGCAACAGGCACCUUUGUUCUCUGGGGAGCAAGGAGAAAUGUUAUGACUGGUGAAAUUGUCUGGUAGGCACCACCGCUUGACAUGGUGACUUCCUCAUAACUUUAUCCUCUCCGGUGGAGCUGGGUAUUUUUUGUUAGCCUGUUUUUAAGCCAGCUUCAAAUAACCCCCCGCCCAUUCUCUCGACUUUCAGGUGAUAGUAAAUACUUAUUAGGGGCAACCCUGCCGUGUCUGUGAAAUGAGGGUCCUGUGGUGCGGAUAUCCGUUUUAUCCGGUUGUAAUGCUGCAUUGCCUUUCAUGGCCGGGAUGCAGCUCUUUAACCGUAUAAUGGAAACUGCUGAUUCAACAGAACAUUUGCCCCAAAUAAUUCCGAAACAGGUCAUGGUGUAAACAUUGCUUUGAUUCUCUCAGGGAUUCUUUCUACCAGGUAGAAAUCAUGGGACUUGGUUAUGUGUGAAUGUGCUUAAGGUUGGAUGACAAACCUCUUCUCACGUUUUCUUUGCCUAGCACGUAUGCCUAACUCAAGGGUUGUAAAAUAUACCUGAAUAGCCACCAGUUUUUAAAAGCAUGUGGUGCUGAUGCCCACUUUAAUGGGUGUUGAACUUUCAGGCUGUGCCUUAGGACUGUUGUUGCUGGUUGUUAUCUUGUCUAUUUUUGUUGCUGGGGGUUGAAUUGGGGUUUCUGUUGUGAAGGAAAUUGCAUUUAUCUAGAUCAGCAUGAUCCCAUGCAUAUUUGCAAUAAGUAAGCCCCACUGAGUUCAAUGGGGCUGCUUCUAAAUGAGAGCGCACAGCAGCAUUUGUGUUGUUUUUUGCUCUACGAAAUUAUUGCUUCCUUGAAAGUAGUUCGGUCAUCCUUCCAAAAUAUGCUUAUAUAAAAAUAAGCCAGAAAUCCAUUGCUGGAUGGAUAUGAUUUAACCUUUGGGUUGAGUGCACGUGUGUGCACUUCUUGUGUUUAGGGGAUGCUGGCAUAAUAAUGGCUAACCUUUUCCAGUGGUUGGAUUUUGACAAUAAAGACCACUCAAGGGCUUUGCCAUCCAUCGUGACUUUGAAACUUCCGGCUGAGCUUCCACCUUUUAGAAGGGUGUGCCCUGCUUAAAAGUGCAAGACGGGGGCUGCUUUGAGCCUGCCAAUCUGGUGGCAGGUUAUUCCAAAUGCGAAAAGUUGAUGGCGUUUCCAGCCAAGUUCACAGCUUUGGGAAGCCAACUCCCUUCUUGGAUGACAGUCAAACUAGGCGACAGCAGCGCCGAGGACGGGCUGAAGAAGCUGGGCAAGCGAGCGGGCGAGGAGGACUCCCUGGAAGAAGGCGGAGGAGAAGGAGGAAAGAAAGAAGAGAAGCCCCUGCCCAGCGGCACUGAGGACCCCCCCUCCUCGGCCCCCUGCCCCACGGCCGCCUGCCCCACCUUGCCCCCGGCGGCCCCUUCCACGCGCCCGGCGGCGGCCCACAGCCAGGACCAGCAUCAUUUCCUCAGGUCUAGUGUCAGACCUCAGAGCAAGAGGAUAAGGAAGGACUCUCAGGCGUCCUGUUCGGUUGGCAGCAGCGGUGGCAGCAACGGGGCUGCCAAGGGGAAAGGCGCAGAUAAUGGCGGAGCCUCAUCUGGCAGCUCAUCGGGAAUCCCUCCCAGCACCCCGGCUGGGAAUUCUAAAUCUACCGCAAGAAACCUGGGUUCCUCCGCAGGAGAAAAGGAAGAAGGGAAGAAGGUUAGGCGCCAGUGGGAAUCAUGGAGCACGGAGGAUAAGAAUACCUUUUUUGAGGGCCUCUAUGAGCAUGGAAAAGACUUUGAAGCAAUUCAGAAUAACAUUGCCCUGAAGUACAAGAAGAAAAGCAAACCAGCAAGCAUGGUGAAGAAUAAGGAGCAAGUCCGACAUUUCUACUACCGCACCUGGCACAAGAUCUCCAAAUAUAUUGACUUUGAUAAUGUGUUUUCUCAAGGGCUGAAAAAAUCCUCCCUGGAGCUCUAUGGCUUAAUUUGUUAUGGGGAACUAAGGAAGAAGAUUGGGGGCUGUAUGGAUGACAAAAAUGCAGCUAAACUUAAUGAGCUCAUCCAAGCUGGGGCUACGACUGUACGCUACAAAGGGAGGAAUCUUCGCAUCAAAGCUCCAAUGUGCAGGGCUCUGAAGAAACUCUGUGAUCCCGAUGGUAUCAGUGAUGAGGAGGAUCAGAAGCCAGUGCGUCUUCCACUGAAGGUCCCUGUGGAGUUACAGCCAAGGAAUAACCACGCGUGGGCCCGUGUUCAGAGCCUGGCCCAGAAUCCACGGCUCAGGAUGAUUGUGGAGCUGCAUCGCAAGGUCUCCAGCCUCAUUGAGUUCUUAAAACAGAAGUGGGCUCUCCAUGAAGUGCGCAUUCGUAAAACACUUGCAGAACGGCAGCUACAAGACUCCAGAGAUUCUGAAGCAAGUGGCAGCUAUUCAGAAGAGAAGGUGAUGCUCCAUCUCUUCCCCGGAGAGAACUGUACGCUCACUCCACUCCCUGGGGUCGCCAGAGUCGUACACUCGAAAGCUUUCUGCACCGUGCAUUGGCAGGAAUCCGGCAGGUGCAAGCAGAGCACGAAGGACUCUCACUUGCUGCCUCCUGCCCAAAUUCUCGGCAUCCAGAGCGGUCAGGGCACCGCCAGAGGGCAGGUGAAAUACCCGCGGGGGACCGAGGGCAAGGGUGGGGCCAGGUCGGAGAGUACUACAGAUGUCAGUAGAAACACUCAGUCCACGUUGGAUGCAGCAGCCAACACUGAGGAUUGCGCUCUGGAGAGUGGACUCGCAGAAGGAGCGUCCUCCUCCAGUCUCAGCGUUGCAAACUGUCUUGACAAACUACCUUCUGGGCUUCAGGACCCGGGUGGGAGUCUUGAGAAGCCGGUUGCCCCAGCCCCCUCCGCCGAGGGUAGGGAGACCUCGGCCGCCGCGCUGGCAACCGGCUUACCUUCCAGCGGCGCAAACUGUGACUGCGGCAGCCUCCCCCCUGACCUGGAGGAACUCUCUUUGCUUGACCCCUUCCCUCGGUACAUGAAGUCCUGCCAGGAUCUCAUUGUCCCGGAGAAGUGUCUUUGCACAGACAGGCUGAAUGGGAAAGACAUGGCUUUGCCGCGGAACUCCACGGAGGCUGGCAACGUCGGUCCAGCGCCGCUGGCGAGAGGCGGGGUGGCAGUGCCCGGCGGUGGUCCCUCCAGGUCAGAAACUCAGGCCCUCCACUGCUGUGGACCACAGGCAGAAACCUGCACCAAGGAGCUGUCGGACGCAGUAAUGGAGGACUCUCAGGAGAAGCCCAACACCUCACUGCCGCCGCCGCCACCUCAGGGACAAUCAGUCGCAAAGUCUCUCAAGGACGACCCGAGCCGCCUCGUGCAACAGGUCCGAGAAGAGGGAUGGAGCCUGCGGACCUCCGAGAGCCUUACCUUGGCUGAAGUCUACCUCAUGAUGGGCAAGCCGAACAAACUGCAGCUUGAGUAUGAUUGGCUGGCUGUCCUGGGGCCGGAAACCCAGGAUGCUGGGGAGCAGGCGCCUGACCCGAAAUCUGCUCCUCCGUCCUCAGCCGCCUUUCACAAGCAGAAACUCCUCAACUGCCUCUUGAAGCUCAUCUCCACGGAAGUUAACCCCAAGCCAACCCCUGAAAUGAACUCCGUUGCCACAUCCCCUAUAAAACCCACCCAAGAGGAGCACACUCUGACCCCUCCUGGGAAGGUGAUUGCCAUCAGCACCAGGAGCCCAGGCUGUGCACGCAAUCACCAGCCUGCCCUCCGCAACAAGACGUUUUCCCCCAGUGCCACUUCCAGCUCCUCAGGUUUGCGAAAUCCCCCUCGACCCCUCUUGGUGGCUGGCCCUUCAAGUUCCGGAAGUGCUGAUGCGGACGGCGGCCUCUUUGCAGUGCCCACGACUCUCCCACCCAACAGCCGGCAUGGAAAGCUGUUCUUGCAAAGCAAAGAAGCGGAGCUCUCCUUCCGACAGCGCUUGGACACGAUCAGUAUGCAGUCUGAUUUCUUCUUGCCAAAGCCACGGAAACUGCAUAACAGACACCUGCGGAAACCAUUGGUAGUCCAGAGAACGCUGCUUCCUAGGCCUUCUGGAAAUCCCUCCCAGCAUGUCUGCUCCUUCUCGAUCUUAUCAAACUCUUCUGUAACAGGAAGAGGGUCUUUCCGGCCAAUCCAGUCUUCACUUACGAAGGCUGCUGUUUCCCGUCCCAUCAUUCCCAAGGAUCUUCCAGCUCAAGCCACUAACCAUCUGUCUAGUGCUAUCGAUUUGGCAGCCAAAAGUGCCGGCAUUAUCCCUGGCAGUCCUUUGCCUGUUCUGGAUACUGAAGGCUUGUCAGGUGUUUCCCCACUUUCGCCAGAUGCCGUGACAACAGUGGUCACAGGGCAGGACUCCACAGUGGCACAUCAGAACGGAGGCUCCAUUGCUACAGUAGCGGGUUCAAGCAGUGAAUGUCGGGUUCCGUUCCUUGGUCUACCAUCACGGCCUGAGCAGGAGGCGAUCCCUGGGGGCUUCCAGCAGGGAGCACUAGUCCUUUCUCUACCAGAACUGCCCAAAACUUCGCUCCAGAAUGGUCUCUCUACUCCUCCGCUUCCCUCGUCUGAGGCUUCUGGCACCCGUCUGUCUCCUCCCAAUGUCUCGGCUCUGCUGGAUAUCUCGCUUCCUGGACCCCCGGAGGAUGUCCUCUCUCAAGGAGAACAUGCUACUCAGAUCAGUGACUCUAUCAUUGAAAUUGCCAUCAGCUCUGGUCAAUAUGGUGAAACUGUCCCUCUGUCCCCAGCCAAGCUGAAUGGCAGCGACAACUCCAAGAGUCUUCCAUCCCCCUCCUGCAGCCCUCAGCAAAACUGGAUUGCCUCUCCCAGCCACGACCCGCAGUGGUACCCCAAUGACUCCACAGACUCCUCCCUCAGCAGCCUGUUCUCGAGCUUCCUUUCCCCAGAGAAGGGCCGGAAAAUGCUGCCAGCUUCCACCAGUACCGCAAGCAGCACCUCUCUACUGGUACCUAGUCUGCUGGACGAAAACUCGCGGGACUCCUUUGUGUCACGAUCCCUUGCAGAUGUUGCGGAGGUGGUAGAUUCCCAGCUGGCUUGCAUGAUGAAUGAGAACAGCAUAGAUUACAUAUCUCGUUUCAAUGACCUCGCCCAAGAGCUGUCGAUACCGGAGCCAGCCCGCAGAGAAAUCCUCUUUGACGGAGGUGGCGGUGGUGGCGGCCCUCCCAUUGGAGACCUCUCUCAGUGACCACAUUCAACCAGCUGGGCUGGUAGAAACCCUUGAACUGGCUCUAACCUGGAGCGCAGUGGUGUUGUAGCUAUGCAGCUGAAACCUUGUUGUCCUGGCAAACGCGUGCCUCCUCAGAAGAUCCGUGUUGUCUUCAGCCAUCUACUGGGAUGUGCAGUAUGCUAGGAACACUACAACUGGGAGCAGUAUUAUAGGAAAUUUUACAUAUGUAAGCUGGUGACUAAUGGCGUUUACAAGGAACCCUGGACUUGUGCUCUGGAAUGGCCUGGGCAAGAAAUCCCACGGAAAACCCAUUUUGUGGUAUCCACAUUGGAGCUGGGCAAGGGGUGGAGGGGGCGGCAGCGUUAUUUUAUUUUAAUAUACGAAUCUCAGUCUCUCGCAACUUGCAUUGACGACAAAUCGGUUGCAUUUAGAGUCCUUGCACUUGCCUAACAGGCAGCGGUUUAAUUCCAUGAUGCUUUUACCAGAAUUCUUCUUGGUUCCCUCAAGUUCAUUCACAUUCCAUUGACCCCUUUUCUUCCCUGCCUUCCCUCUCCCCCUCCCUCCUCUCUCUCUUUUUAAAAAACUUCCCUACUACCACUUCAUCUCCCUCCUGUCUCAGCCAGCAGCUGAUUUUUCAUGCUCUCUUACUUCAACACACAAUUCGGCCUGUUUCACACCAUCAUUUGAUUUUUAAACCAUAAACCACAUGGUUUAAUGUGGGUUACCAACAUUUUGUGUGAACCUACACCAAGGUGGUUUGUGGCCUAAGAUGAAUCUGAGAUUCCCUCCUGGGCGCAUGGGUGCACACAAUCUUGUAAAUGGUGGUAACCCACAUUAAGCCUAGAGUCAAGCCAUUGUGUGAACCAGAGCUUUCUCUUGCAAAGGCCAUCUUGCCUCCAAAAGGCCUUGUACAUGCCAGAUUCUCCUGAAGGCUAGAAACCAUGUUGAAGGGGCUCUUAAACCGUUUUUUAAAAUAAUUAUUAUGCAGCUCUCUAGAUAUUUAUGCAUAUCUUCCACUUCUUUUACAUGCCUGCCUGAUUGUCUCUAGAGUCCUCCUGGGAGAGAACCCAUUACAGUACUUUGUCCUGUGACAGUAACCAUGUUCUGCUUUGCUGUCCUGCAAAUGAUGGAAAGUAGGGUAGUUUAAUGUGCUUCUCCUUGCUGAUCCCAGUGUGACUGGCAGUUUUCGACAUUAGAAUUGCUCACCUGCAUUCGUGGGUCCAAAAUAUUCCUCCAUGGAUCUUUUUCACAUCUGCCUAUUAAUCAUUCAACGCCUGGACUCUAAUCCUGACAGCUACAGUUUCAAGAGAAACGAAAACUCUACCUCUUCUUUUAAAAAUCCUGCUUUCUCAUUUUUCCUUCUUUAUUUAAGAAAAGGAAAGUUCUUUGUGCACCCAGUUGCUAUGUAGUGUUGCGACUUCCCACAUGGCAGUCCAAGCUGUUUUUCGGCUCCUGCAGCUUCAGAGAUUGUGAGAAUCCAGUAUAGUCGUGGGUAAUGCAAAUAUGUCCAUCAGUAUUGGUGCGGACUUGACUUGCUUUCCUGCACUGUUUGCUACUAAUGUCUUCCCUCUUUUUGUUGUGUUUGGGAAUAUGGCAUCAGAAUCUUACUUACAGAAAUGUGCGUGCUCACCAGAAUGGGUCGUUCCCUUUCUUUCUCUUUCUUUCUUUCUUUCUUUCUUUCUUUCUUUCUUUCUUUCUUUCUUUCUUUCUUUCUUUCUAGUGUGCCUCUGAACUCCAGAGCAACUUCGACAUUGCCUUCUAUUUUCUUUGCGGGAUUAGGAAAUCUCUGCUAGGUUUGGUUUUAUUUAUUUAUUUAUUCGAUUUGCAUUCCUUUUGAUACUUGUGAUCUUUUCUUUAAUGGGCUCCUGUCACUGGAACAGGAGGUCCUCAGCAACUUGAACAUGCAUAGCUGAGGAACAGGGUGGAUAAACUGAAGUGAGAGAAACUCAGAAUCAUGUUCAUAUUUGUUGGAUUAUCAUUUCCGUACGGCCUUCCCUUGGCAUCAUUAUUUCUCCUUCACAGAUACUUUGCCUGCCAUGCUUUGCAGGGGCAUGCACAGUCUUAUUCCAACCCAAAUAAAUCCUUUAUUGUCCCUGAUGCUGACCAUAAUUGUGGUCCAGUGUCUCUGAAGCCCCACACCGAGCUCUCUGUGUACAGACACUUCUGCAUUCCUCUUCUACAACCUGAAGAAAAACUUGCACAUGCACUGAGGCAUCUUCGGAUGCAUGCACAGUAUUUCUAUCAUAGAAAGCAGUGGCGAGAGGGCUUUGGAUGUGCAUUUAGCAAUGUGGCCUAGAUGCAGAAAAUACCUAUUAUUCUGUUCUCUCCUCGGUUAUUGCCAGAACAUUUGAGGCAAAGCCCGUUUUCUCAUUGCCGUCAUUCAGACAGUGAAGAGUUCCGUCACCCAUAGAAAGCAAUGUGGCUUUCUGACACUUUGGGGAGUUUGAUGUUCAGACAAGACAGGGACUUUGUCACUUCAUUAAGUUCUGGUUUUAUUUGGCUAUUCUCUCUCUCUUGCUCUCUCCCUCUCCCAUCAACCCUGUCCUACCAUUCCCCUUGGACCUUCUUUCUAAAAAAAUUGUUUGCAGCUCACUUAAGAAGCCCUCCAUCCUCAAGAGCGUCUAGAUUGUCCCCCAGUCCUGCCGUUUAGUGGUAUCUGCUUCUCAGGUCUCCGUCCCUUGUGUGCUGACACAUUUCCCUUUGGCAGCCUACUUCCUCACUCCAUGAGAAGAUAGCAUGUUGUAAUAGCUAUUUUUAUCAGUGAUGAGGUCAGCACAUGUUCAUGUCUUUUUGUUGCCUGAAGCAGAUUAUGGAACAUCAGAAAAGUGAGUGAAUGUUAGGAAUGGGAAUGAAGCCACCCGUCCAAAUUGAAACCCAUCUAUAAUAAAGUCUGUAUUGCAGGUUUGGUUGUUAAAGAUUACUUCUGUGGAUGGAAGUUCUAGCUUCUCCCCUUUCCAGGCUCUCAUUAAUCGCCUCUUCUUCUGUCCCGGUUUUUCUAUCUAGGCUUCUCCAGACAUUUUGCUGAAAUUGAUCUCUUGUCCUGAAAGUUGCAUUUAAAAUAUAUGAACAACAGGCACUUGGAGUCCAAAACAAAUAAUGUUGACUUCUAAUCAGUGACUUACUGCUAUCACUCCUGUGAAAAAUCCAGUAGCAUGUCACUAUUGGAAGUGGCUCAGCUUGGAUAUCUAGGUGUCCCUUUGUAUGAGCCUUUACCCUUCGUGCUGCCAAGGGGAAAAACUGACCUCUGUGUGCAGGAUCCUUUAUUAUGGCUGGAUCAACACAAUAGCAAGAAUCCCAGUAAAAAACGUUGAUCAGGAUUAGUUAGCCCUGCAGAGCUGACUGUGAGAACCCAGAAUUGCAGCUCAAUCCUGAUCAAACCAUCCAGUGAAGGAGCAUUUAACUAAGAUAGGUAACCAGGAAUCCUGGUUAUCUAUCCUGAUUAAAUACCAGUAGACCAGAGUGGUUUGACCAGGAUUGAGCUGCAAUUCUGGAUUUUCACAGUCAGCUCUGCAGGGCUCACUACUCCUGCUCAGCUUUUUAACCAGGAUCCUUGUGAUUGUGUGAACCCAGCCUCAACCAACUGUAUUCUUUAUCAGAAGCAAAAUUCCUUUUCGCUUGUGGCAAAGUACACUGAAGAAAGUUCUCUCGGAGCACGCCGAAUCUUUCUCCUGCCUUAUUUUGCAGUUGCCUGAGCUGUACAGAGAAGGCUUGACUGUGGUUAGCUGGUUUCCACUGGUGAAUUUGGUCCCUGUAAAGCUUAUUUCUCAAAGGUUUUGUGUGCGUUUUUGUUUUUUUAACAUCCCGUGGAUGCUUGACAAGUGUUGUGAGUUGGUCAGCUUGAGAGCGUGUGUUCAGUGACAACAUGGUUUUCUUAAGUCCUGCGGGGCAGAACAGUGGCAGUUAGAUACGUGUCUUGAUCUAACGUUUUAAGAUGAACCUUCACUAGGCAAUGUACCAGCCACCUUUUUGAGUGCCUGUAUGUAAUAGUGAUGGGUCAGCUUGCUUGCGCAUUGCAUUUUGAUCAGCCAAGUAAAUCAAUCCGCACACCCUUUUUAUCACUAGGAACAAAAUCCAUCUGGGAAUUAUCUUCCACAGGGUCUAUUGAAAUCAGUUGUGCAGGAGCACAUUCCUAACCAGUUGUGCUCCAACCCUGCCCAAAAUAGGAUUUUUGAAUAUUAUUUUAAGCUGGCAUUGUAUAACUUUUUUUUUUAAAUUACUGCUCUUCUUUACUUUCCAGUCCGUUUAAAUAACUUGGGUCUCAUCAUAUCUACCAAGCUGUCCUUUCUGCUGACUUGACAGAUCUUUUGUGGGAUUUUAGUAUUUUUGUGGGGUUUUGUUUUCAAAACACACACACGUCAGAUGCGUUUGUAAGGAAAACACAGUACUGCACUUUGAUUUACCAAACUCUUCUUAAAAACUCUCCUGACUUCACAGUGAUCUAUCAAUGCUUAAUAAGUGAAAACAUUUGCAAGCACUACAAGUGAGUUAUCAUUAGUUGCCAAAAUGUGAUAACUGGCGUUAGAGCUUGUGGGUUUGGCGUGAGGCCUUCUUGCUGUUCCUUUUAAUAAUAGUUAAGCCAUAUCAUCUAAGGUUUUUGGCUUGUUUUGACAUGUGAAUUUGUUUUAUAGAUAAUAAAAGAUGCAUAUAUAGUGUAUGUAUAAAGCAAGAAUGCUUGUCCUUACUGAUUAUUUUUUUUGUACCAUAUUGUAAAUUAUAUUAUUUAUUCUUUACCAAUUUUGGAAGAAAAACGGUGUUUGGGUUAUUUAAUAUAAUAUACAAAAGCUGUUUUCCUCUGUUUUAAAUUUCCAAUUCAACUUGUAAAGCUGUUUUUAUGAUUGUGCAUAAAUACAUACUAAUCCUUGGUCUAA